AUGAAAGUAAGGAGAAGAAGUAAGAUAGUAAGCAUGUCUGUGGGAUUGCUGGCUCUCGUAACGGGGACUGUGACCAUUAUUGGAUUUGUAAUCAAGUUGCAGAGGCGCUUAAAAUCCAUAUCAAUGAAUGAAGAAUUGAAGGAGCUAUAUUUCUACUGUCCAAGAUCACCUGCAGUACUUGUCGAGGAAUUGGGCUGUAUUUCUCUUAGGUUUUCAGACAUCAAGGAGGAAACCUUUAUUAUAGGCCAGGCUGAAUGUAGAGAAAAUAGUGAGAAGUUAUAUCUUGAGUUCAUUAUAAAUACCUUAGAUCGUAUUUCCUGCCCAGAGGAUGAAGCAUAUAGGAUUGAAGGAGAUUUGAUGGAAAGAGAAAAAGAGAGGCUUCGGGUUCUGAGUUGUGAGAUAAGAUACAAUCUCUGUGAAAACUCGAGGGUGAUGGGAGCCAAAGAUAUAAAGGCAUAUUCUGAUACUUCUUCGGUAGCGCUAAGAAGACUCCUUGGACUUGAUAAAGAGUUUCCCUCCGAGCAAGACCUGGAGGCCGAAGAGGCAAGGGAGAUGAUUAAGGUUAUUGAAGCAUACUGGCAUAAAGGACUAAAUGAUGUGGAAUGCAAAAUUUCUGAAAAAACUCUACUGUUGAAGAGAUAUGUGGCAUGCGUUCUUGCUAGAUAUCUUAUUGAAUGCAAAAUAGACAAUCAGAAAAGAAUGGCGAGAGAUGCGGAUGUUCUUAUGAGGAUUGAAGUAGGAGAUGUUUUAGGUGAUAAGAGGAUAAGCCCGUUUGUGAUUUUAAGCAGAAAAGAGUCUAUGAGCCCAGGAACGUAUAUGAAUGUUGUACGGGAGAUCCUUUUUUUUAUUAAGUAUAAAGGCAUUAUUUCUGAUAUGGACUCCGGUGCAAAUAAAAGUUUUAAUGGCACUGAUGAGCUGUGGUUUCUCUUACAGAAAUGUAAGAAUAGUUUCAACAGAACCCUGUCAUACAAGCUUAGUAAACUGUUUGAUGAAAGGUCUAAAAACGAUUUAAUGGCCGGAAACGAUGACGACUAUAUGGCCUAUAGAAUCCUGAUUGGUUUUCUUGGACUAACAGAAGGUUUCCAAGAUGCAGAAAUAAGGCAAAUAAAAGAUCAGGACAUGCCUGUUCUUAGAUACUACCAAAGCUUUCUUUCAACCCUAGUUGAUGAUAAGGCUUACUACCAUAUUCUAGAUACAAAGAAGACCAUUAAGGUAAAAGAUUACAUGGCCGGCCAGCUGCUCAGAGGUUAUAAAGGCAAGAUACAUAAACUAGCUAGCAAGAUUGAGAAUAGGAAGAUCUCUAGAAUGAAAAUAAGUGGGGGAUCCAUCCAAAUGAAGCACUAUCUCUGGAUCUUAGUCAGACUCAUCCAUGAUAUUGGAGAUGUAGAUAGAAAGACCAACAGGAAAUUCACAGAUGAAUUAAGCAAGCUGAGAGAGAACUUUAUACUUUUAGUCGAACUGAUUUUAGAUGGGAGAAGGAUAGAUACUUCUGAACCUUCUACAAGGGCUGUUCUCAGGCUAGUGGGAAUAGGUGAGAAUAUUGGUGUCUGCACUGAGGGAGUAGGGGAUGAACACGCCUAUAUAUUUGAAAGCAUAGGAUGGUGCAAGUCUCCAGGAAAUUCUAUUUCCUCUGCUCGAUGCAUCUUGAAUGGAGUGGAAGUUCCUCUUAAAAGACAUGCUAUGGGAGUGGUCUCUCAAUAUCUCAAGGAAUGCAGGGAGUGGAGCGAAGCACAAAAACGUAUGGAUUUGAAAGUCUUUAGAAGUGUAAGUGAGGCGUUUUCCAUAAGAUAUGAGGAUGGAAGGCCUGUUGGAGUAGAAUACUUUGAGAUAAUAAGAACCAUGCUUGUCAAAGUAUUUUGCUAUGAAUCGGAAAACCUCUUCAGAAAAGCCAUGAUAGAUGGGAAUUCCCUCUCGAAUAUGCUAAAAUAUUAUCUGGAUUGUAAGGUGAGGGAUGUUUGUGAAUUUUUCUCAAAGGCCUUCCUAACGGUGAUAAAUGAUCUUCAUGAAGAUGGGGAGAGGGUUUCUGGACAUACUGUUACUAUGAUCAAAAGGGUUUUGGGAAAGGAUGAAUCUUUUAUGCGAAGCAUGGAUUUUCAAAAAGUUGAUGAAAGGUUAUUCAAAUCCAUUCUAUCCAGAUUUCCAGGAAAGUACAAGAAGAUUGAGUGCUGUUUUGAAGAUAAGGAAUUCAGGCUAGUCCAUCUGGUUGCCUUGGCAAUAGCAAAAUACCUUAAGGCAGGUCCUGUUGAAAACUUUGAACUUGCUCUCGAACUUGAGAAGAAUCUGAUAUGCAAGGUUGGAUUCUAUGAGGAAAGAUGA